GGUAACGUUGACCCCUCUUUCUGUGCUGCAAGAAGCUAUGCUUACAGGAAUAUGUGUCUGUCGAACGAAAUGUUUUAAAAGACAACAUUUCAGGAAGCAGUCUGGUUUGUGUCGUCGUUGAAAAGCGUCACAGUUUGGUUGUUUCCUCAAAAAUAUAUAUAUAUAACUGCUUGUCCUCCUUGUGGUAAACUGCGGUAACGAGAUGCUGUUGACUGUAGCACCGUGUAACCACAUCCCUUCUGAUCCUACAUACGUCCAAAUAUAAUGCCAGCCUGAGGGGACAUGAUGGACAAUGGCAAACCGAGCCGUGUGUGUCGGCCUCAGCGGAUCAGUGAUUCGUCCAAGGUGUUCCAGUGGGUUGACCAAGCUGCGGAGGUGCUGCAGGGCUUCAAUGAGCAGCGGCAGCAUAGCCAGUUCUGUGAUGUGGUGCUGGUGGCUGAUGACCAGCGGAUCCCCGCUCAUCGAUCCCUGCUGGCCAUCUCAAGCCCAUACUUUCAUGCUAUGUUCACCUUGGGCAUGAGGGAGGAGCACCAGGAGGAGGUGGAGCUGGUUGGGAUGUCCUACGUUGGUCUGAAGGCUGUAGUGGACUUCCUGUACAGUGGACAGCUACCAUUAGAUGGAGGAAACAUUGACUAUGUGCUGGAAGCUGCCCACCUUCUACAGGUUUGGCGAGUGGUGGAUUUCUGCUGCCAGUACCUGGAGCGAGAGGUAAGUGAGGACAACUACCUAUACCUGCAGGAACUGGCUCUGCUCUACAGUCUUGAGCGACUGGACAGCUUCAUCGACCACUUCAUUCUCAGACGCUUCUCCACGCUCUCUUUCACCCCGGAUUUUCUUCACGACAUUCCUUUACACAAACUUACCUCCUACAUCUCGAGUGGCCAGGUUCAGCAUGACAGCGAGCAGGUGCUUCUCCAGGCCACCAUGCAGUGGCUCUGCCAGACUCCCGAGCGGAUGGCACAUGCCCGACAGCUCCUCUCCCACAUCCGCUUCCCUCUGAUGCCCGUGGUGGACUUAAUGAGCCGGGUGCUACCAUCGGUGCGGGCCAUGCUGCCAGAGGAAGCCAGCUGUGAGGCUCUGGUGGAGGAAGCUCUUGAGUACCAUGCCAGUCCCAGCGCACAACCGCUCCUGCAAACAGGACGCACCAUGCUGAGGGGAGGAGUAGAGCAGCUACUGCUGAUUGGAGGAGAGGUGUCGGAAUUUGGAGAGGAGCUCAGCGCCAAUGUUUGUCGGCUGGAUGGUGAAACAGGAAGCUGGGAGGUGGAAACGGAGCUGCCAGCCCAGCGGAGCCACCACUGCCUGGCAGUACUGGGGGGCUUCAUCUUUGCUGCAGGCGGUAGCUCAUCCAGGGACAACGGUGGAGAUUCUGCCUGUAACCUGCUGUAUAGAUAUGACCCCCGCCACAACCAGUGGACCAGGGGUGCUCCAAUGAACCAGCGGCGGGUGGAUUUUUACCUUGGGGCAGUUGGAGAGUGCCUGAUCGCUGUGGGUGGGAGGAAUGACAAUGGAGCUUUGUCCUCUGUGGAGGUUUAUUGCCCUGCUGAGGACUGCUGGUCCUAUGUGGCAGGACUGCCCAGGUUUACUUACGGCCAUGCUGGGACAAUCCACCAUGGUGUGGUCUAUAUCUCAGGUGGCCAUGACUAUCAGAUUGGCCCAUACCGCCGAGAUGUCCUGAGUUAUGAUCCAUCACGGGACGGUGAUGCGUGGGUGGAAUGCCAGGCCAUGUCUCUGGCCCGAGGUUGGCACUGCAUGGCCUCCCUCGACCACCUCAUCUACGCAAUUGGGGGCAGCAACGACCACGAGGACACCACAGAGCGCUUUGACAUCCUGCAGGUCGAGUCCUACAACCCACGCAGUAGCCAGUGGACCAGAGUGGCAGCGCUGCUGGUGCCCAACAGCGAGGCAGGGCUUGCAGUCUGGGCAGGAAAGAUCUAUGUGCUUGGAGGCUACAGCUGGGAGAGCAUGGCUUUCUCCAGAGCAACUCAGGUAUACGACCCUGACAGAGGUUCAUGGUCCAGAGGGCCUGACUUGCCUAAACGCAUCGCAGGGGCCUCAGCAUGUGUGUGCACUGUAAAGCCCUCACCCUCAUCACCCUCUCCAGAGAAGAAUAAGACGGGACAAAGAUGGAAAGGAAGACCACACCCCAUGUAACAACAGUGAUGAAGGACUUUCUCUUGGUCCAGAAAUUCAAAGCUUGACUUUUGGGUUAAAGUAAUAUAUAUUUGCUUAUAAUAAAUAUUAUAAAUAUUUUGUUAUGCCCCCUACACAAGUAUCAGAAUACUUUUCUUGUAAGCCCAGAGGCACUGCAGCAUCACAGUAAGGGAGAGGAGGACCAAUAAUGCUAAAC